GCUUACCUUUUGGCUUGAAUGAGAGAUAAGGGACCUCAAUAAAAAGGAGUGAUCUUCCUUCCAUCAACAGCCUCAUCUCACGGAUCUUGCCCCUCUCUUCUCCCUCUCUGUCUCUGAGUUUCUGUCUUUGUGUGUUCUCUCAGCCCACUUUUGUUAUUUUUUGCAAAUUCAGAGACUUUGUUGCAGCAUAUUCAGUACAAAGGUUUCAGUUAUUACCUCAAAUGGCCUCUAAUUGGAAGAAGACCAUCACAACACCAUUCAAGAAAGCUUGCACUUUAAUUAACCAGCCAAAAACAAGGGAUCAGAAGAAGUCACAAACAGAGCAAGAGAGGGGUGUGAUGGAUCUUCAGGGUGAAGUGAUGGCAUGUGGCUAUGAAGAUGUACAAGUUAUGUGGUCUAUCCUGGACAGGUCAAAAUCCACCAGGUGCAACAUGGCUUCUUCAAGCUGAACCUUUGAUUCCAGAUUUCAAGCAAAACCGGUGCGGCAAUUAGCGAAAGUUUUUGGAUGCUAAUGUUGUUAGAGUCAAUCAUGGCUGGCGGCAAUUAUGAUUGUAAUUAUGUUUGUAGGAGGAGAAGAUAUUUAGGUGUUUGAAUGAUUGCCCCUUUUUCUUAGAUGAGGACGGUGGCAGUUUGAGAUUGUGAUUUUUCCUAAGUCAAAAUGUUGCGAAUCCCCGUGAUUGAUGAAAAGUAUAUCAUGGCGAGAUUUUGUUAAAAGCUUAGAUUCUUUUCGUGUU